CUCCCCGCCUCCCCGGCGCCGCAGACACACACCCCGGUCCUGCGCCGCGUCCUGACCCGGCGCGCAGGGAGGCCAUGGAGCCGGAGCAGGACGCGCGCUCCGCGGGCGGCGGGGCCGAGGGGCUGCUGAGCGAGCUGGAGGCGCGCGUCCAGGACGUGGUGAAGGCGAGCUCGUGGUGGGAGCGCCACGGCGUGGACUGCGCCAUCCUCGCGCUCAGCCUCCUCGCCUUGCCGGCCGGGUUCCUGUGCCUGCGCUCCGAGAACGCCCUGGUCUUUGCCUCCGGCAUCACGAUAUUGGGUGUGUGCCACUACACGCUCACGGUCAAGGGCAGCCACCUGGCCACUCACGGUGCGCUCACCGAGUCCAAACGCUGGAGCAAGAUCUGGGAGCUUUUCUUCGUGGAGGUGUGCACGUCUUUCACGGCAGAGUACGCCGAGUACGGCCACGUCAAGAUGCACCAUGGCUACACCAACGUGGUGGGUCUGGGCGACUCGAGCACCUGGAAGCUGCCUUGCCUCAAUCGCUACGUCUACAUGUUCUUGGCCCCCUUCUUGGUGCCCAUCAUGACCCCGCUGGUGGCUGUCGAGCGGCUCAGGAAGGCGGACCUGGGGGCGGCGCUGCGGACGCUGGCCCUCAUCUCCCUGGGCCUCUACUCUCACUACUGGCUGCUCCGGCACGUGUCGGGCUUCCGGAGCCGCGGCUCGGCCCUGCUCUGCAUGCUGCUCACCAGGUCCCUGCUGGCCCACCCCUACCUCCACGUCAACAUCUUCCAGCACAUCGGGCUGCCCAUGUUCUCGCUGGACAAGAAGCCCCGGCGGAUUCACAUGAUGAGCCUGGGGGUGCUGAACCUGCCCCGGCAGCCCGUGCUGGACUGGGCCUUCGGCCACUCGCUCAUCAGCUGCCACGUGGAGCACCACCUAUUCCCCAGGCUCUCUGACCACAUGUGCCUGAAGGUGAAGCCGGUGGUGUCUCAGUUUCUCCGCGACAAGCAGCUGCCCUACAACGAGGACUCCUACCUGUCUCGCUUCCGGUUAUUUCUCAGUCGCUACGAGGAGUUCAUGGUGCACGCCCCGCCCAUCACGGAGCUAGUGGGGCUGCAGUGACGGCGGGGCCGGCGUGGCCGUGGCUCCCCUGCCCGCCCAGCCCCCGUCCUCCCGCUGCUGCUGGCCUGUGGGUGUGGAGGUGCACCUGCAGUGGGGGGCCCUAGGUGGCACUGGGGCAGGGGUGCUCGGCCUGGCAUCCUGGCGGGUGCCUUGGUCGCAUUUCUGGGCUUUGAGGGGUGUCUGGGGGAGAGGAGUGCUGGUGGCUGGGCGUUCUGGUCUGGACCUCAGCUGGCCUUAUCUUAGGCGCCUAUGUAGGACUAAGAGGAGGAGGGGUGGCAGGGGCACAGAGACAAGGGCCAGCCCCCUCCGCUGGGGCCUCGCUGGUUUCAGGAGAGCUGCACACUUGCUUGGCCACCGGUUCUUCCUGUGCCCCCUGAGGCCCUGAGCCCCACGGUGCCCUCUUCCCAGGGACCACAGGACGAGGUCCCUUUGGGCCACCUUCCCUAGUUUCUAGCCGGAGACACCCGUGCAAGACACAGGCCGGGUGUUCCAUGGCCCACGGCUAGAAGCAAGUGCGCUUUGGGGGGGAACACUCCAGGGGACCGCGCUGGGGGACGUCACGAGAGCUCUGGGCGCGACCUUGGCUUUGAGCGGCUCUGAAGAUUCUGCCUUGUUCCACGAUGCUUGGAAGUAGUGAGCCUGGGGGCAGGCGAGGCUGGAGGGGUUAUGGGACUGGGUCUGAUGGAGUCCAGGGCUGGGCGUGGCUGUGGGAGGCGGGACCCAGAUGUCAGGUGGCUGCUGAGGGGACACUGUCUGGGGGACACUGCUGGGAUUCAGCCCAACGUGGGCAGAGUUGAGAGAGGUCCGGGGGCUGCACCAGCUGGGGCGGGUGCCAGGAGGUGUCCCGGUGGAGGCUGGACGCAGGGGUGGGGGACAGAGGAGGCGGCCAGAGCGCUUAGCUUAGGACAAGGUUUCUCCCCUUGGCACCGUGGGCAUUUUGUCUGGAUAAUUCUUUGCAGUUGGGGGGCUGUCCUGCGCACUGUCCCUGGCAGCACUCCGGGCUUCCACUGCUAGCCACGUGGCCCCAUGCCCUCGGUGGGGGCGGGGCCCAGCACUGUCUCUGGUCUGGAAGUUGCAAGUCAUUUUCUGAGUGCAUGGUCUCAGGUCCUGGGAAGGGGUGAAGGGCAGGCUAAGUCCCAGUGAACGGGCGCCCUCGGGGUGGGCGGGAGAGUCGGCUGGCCCAGCGUUCUCGGAGCCCGGGCCGGCCACGGUGGCCUGGCAUGGGCAGCUGCCCUCUGCCCCUGGGGUCCUGCGCACUCCUCUCCACCCUGCCUUCCCCUCCGUGGUGGGGGGGCACCCCUGCAGCUCCAGCUCACACUCGCCCCCCAGUGGCCUGGGGUGUGCCCUUCACCUCUGAGCAAUGGUCCUUUCGCCCACUUGGGUCCUGUCUGUGCCCUGCUGGGAGGGGAGUUCUGGAUCCCCGUGGCCCUGCCGGAACGACGCAGGCCUGGCCGCCUCCCAGCCCGCUGCUUUCUCGAAGUGCACUAGCGGCUCCGAAAGGGCCGUGAGGUCUUGGAGCGCGAUGCAUCCAUCUGCCGUCUCCCUGUGAAAAUGCGGUGUCAGGAGAGGCCUGGUCCCGGCCAGUGGCUGAACCCACCCAGUCCCUUCCCCCAGGGACUCGCGGUGUUGAUCUGGGCACGGCAGCCAGGGCGCCCCGGGAGCGGUCACUGGGUCGCGGUGAAGCUCGGUUUUCGGUUCCUCUGGGGACCUGAGAGGUGAGGGAGUGGCGGUGGAGCGAGGCGCGUGGGAGGCGACAGCAGCGGCAGGAACACGCGGGGUGGACGGUUUUCCGCGUGUCACGGACGGUGCCGGGGGUGGGGGAAGCGUGGACGCUGACUCAGAAUGCACGCACUGGGCCAGCAGACACGCUGCCUGUGGGAGGGCGGCCCCACAGCCUUCUGGAGUCUGGUCCUCAGUGUCUGCGUCCCUCUCCCCUGGGAGAGCAGUCACCCUCCUGAAUGUCUGCGGGUGCCAGGCCCUGUGUGAAGCCCCGGGGGAGGGUCGCGAGUGGCCGAGACCCGGCCCCCAUCCUCGUGUUCAUGCAGGGGCUGUCGCUCCUUCUCCCGAGGGCCAGGUAGGUGUGUGGGACUGUGUGGAGCAAGCUGUGCAGAAACAGCCACGGACGGGUGCAGACGAGCAAAACGUGUCACUGGAACAGUCUUCCAAAAACGCUUUGCCAUUAGCGAAUGUAAAACCCAUCCUUACGGGUCGUGCGGCACAGGCCGGCGGGCGGUGCCGAGCCUGCCAGCCAGUCGGCCUGCUCCUGGUCCAGCGGGACGGCCACACAACCCCACGGCUUCUCAGAAGAGGGCCCAGCAGGCUCCUGGGAUACCGGCCCCGGGCUCGCCCCUGAUCCGGGAGCGGGCUCCACGGCCGCAUCUGGGGUCACCCGCGCUGGACACUCACGGUGUGUGUAUUCCACAGGCGAGCAUGUAAACUGGUAAAUAAAACAUUACAAGAGGC